AUGGCUUUCAUACUUCGCUGCCAAGUCAUUGUUCGAUCGCCUCUGACUCUCUUCCACGUGGUUGCGCAAAAAGAGCCCUUUGAGGAAGUUGGUCGAAUGGCAUACGCAGCACGUGGCCAAGCCAGCGCAACCUAUGCAUCUAUCGAGGGUGAGUUAUUUUUCCCGAAUACCAUUCGACGUACUUCAGCAUUGCUGAUUCGGUGUUCUCACCAGACUCCGGCAGUGCUCCGAAGACAUCGAUGGUCAAACACUGAAAGUCUUUUGACGUCCUCGGCGCGCAGAGGCCAGGUUUCUGAUUCGUAUAGUAAUAUGGAGCGCAUCGCAGCAUUGCAAACUCGACCCUUGACAGAGAAGCUGAUGUCAUUUCUACGCCGCAGCUCAAGUGAGAGUUAUGCCGAAUUCCUAGGACAAAUAUCUACCGAGGUAUUGAGGCUAUCCAUUGCUAUUUAUAUCACACAUCAUGUCCCCCCGGGAACGGAUGCUGGAGAAUUCACCCACGAACUUCAAAAUCAUUUUUCUGCACGAGAGAGGAGGAAGGAACAACUUUUUGGCAUGUUUCAACGAUAUCAGAAUAGUCAAUUGGACACUGAACCUCUGCUGAAUAGCACCAGAGAAAACACAGAGAAUCAACUUUUGGAACGUGAAUUUCAACUGCAAAACACAAUCAAAAUGUUAAACUUCAAGAUAGAGUUCAACUUUGGCCAUCAGACUUGUGACUUUUCGCAUUCAGUGCCGAACUUGCUUCGAACCUUUACCCACUCAGUGCAAGAGCUUUUUGAUACUUGCUACAGCAGGCGGAAAAAUCUUGGUCUUAUCAACGUCAUGGAUUUAUUGGGUUACAACUCGACCUUUUAUGCUACCAAACGCUUCAUUCGGAAUUGGACCAACUUGGCAUUUACCAAAGACUGCCAAAGGUGUUCACUUUCGGUGUGGCUUCCGUUGAUUUGGAAUUCAAUUUCAUGCGGUCUACGCUCUGGGGCUGAG